CUGCACACAAGUCCCGUAAGGAUCUCUUUUUUUUUUUUUUAAUGAGUAAAAAUAAAUAAAAGUAUUUCCUCGGGCUAAAGAGAGGACGGAUUACAAAAAUGGCGAGAGAAAAGAGUCCCGGUUUGAAGAUCCUCUGGCUCUGGACCAUCGGAACCGCCGCCGUUUUGGUCACUUUCGUGGUGAAGACGAGACUGAGGGACAUGGAGAGGUUCAUGAAUGCCCAAGAAGAUCAGAGCCCCCACCAACACCCGUCCGCCCGCGACUCCAUCAUCCUGGACACCCAGCCGGGACCCGAUGAAGCUCGCCCACAGGACAAGGGGGUUUAGGCUCGGCCGGGGACUUCUCUGCCUCCGCGCACAAUGUGUUUGUCCUUAGACCGGUACAAGAAUCACUUCGUGCAGGUUAAUUUCAACAUGUGAUGGAGUUGCUAAUGAAUUAGGAAUGAGGCGGUCCAAUACUGCGGCAGUUAUCUCCCCUUUGCUGUUACCCACCAGUGCUAUCCUAGUUUCCCGGAAAUUCCAGAAUUUAUAUUGGCGGGUCAUUCCUAGUUUCUACAUCGUAUGGUUAUAUGCUCAGAAGCGACAGAUUCAGAAGGACAUAGCAUUCUCUUCUACUUCGUGUCUAAGUUUGUUAGCGCUGUACUUAAUUCAUUUCCAAGUUUUGUUUACCGUUAGUCAUCGUGCUCCGGAAGGCAAAGUUGAUCGAACCUAGCUAUCUAUCUUUUUCCUCAUUGAGGUAAGCCCUUCUGAAAGAACAUAACUGUCGGCGCUUGCUGUGAUUUACUGUUAGUCCAUGUCACGCUAAUGGAUGCAAGAUUUCUGAGUUUA